CUAGGAAUUGAGUAAGCAACUGGAAGAAACUUAAUAAUUCCUAAUUUUACUCAAUAAAUAAACUUAAAUAUAUUAUAUUUUUGUGUCUUAAUGAUUAGCAGCACCUAAUUUGUGUCUCUGGCUGAGCCUGUAUACUGUGUGCCCACUUGGCAUCGUGAAAAUGUUGUGCUUUCGUUUGAAGUGAUAAAAAGGGCAAAAUGUGAAUAUUUAUUAGUUUACCGAUAUGAUUUAUUGAUAACUUACCUAGAAAGUAGGUAGCUAUAAUGUUUAUUUGAAUAUCUGGAAAAAAAGUUUGAAAUCAUGGCUGGUAGGAAAACAACGAAAAAUACUAAAUAUCUAGCUAAACUAGCUGAUAAAAGCGCUCCUUGUGCUUUCUGCAAGAGGAACUUUGAUGAAGAGACGAUAUACGGGAAGCUGUACAGCAUUGGUGAUAUACACUGUCACUAUUUUUGUGCUUUGUUGUCAUGCUGCCUCAUACAAAAGGGCAAAGAUGAGGAAGGUCUUUUUGGAUUCAUGUAUCCAGACAUUUUGGCUGAGAUCGAGAGGAGUAAAAAACAUAAAUGCUCAUACUGUGGCGUCGAGGGGGCGACACUCGGCUGCAGCAUAGCUCAGUGUAAGAAGCAGUUCCACAUGCCAUGUGGAAGGGAGAAAAACGCUGUGUCUCUUUACUAUGGAAAUUAUAAGUCAUACUGUGAGAAGCAUGCACCUAAGCAGAAGGUAACAGACGUUGUAAUGGAAAAAGCAAAAUUUAGGCUGACUAGGGUAAGGAGAGAGAAUAAAGUCAAAUCUUCGGGACAGAAAAGCAUCUGCGUUAAAAUCAAAGAGUCUGAAUUUGCGGAGGAGUCAGAAUGUGUAUGUGUGAUAUGCUACGAGUCGGUCGAUGGGUUUCCAACCACCCAAACGUUCUGGCCACCAUGUUGUGCUAGGGAUGCCUGGUUCCAUAGGAGUUGUUUGCAGCGCAUGGCGUUAAACGCCGGUGUCCACUAUCUCAAGUGUCCACUGUGCAAUGACAAAGACAUGUUUUCUACUGCAGUUCUCGCACAAGGAUACUAUAUACCCGACAGAGACGCAGCGUGGGAGCUGGAACAAAAUGCAUUUUCGGAGAUAUACGAACGCCCCGUUGAAUGUCGAGUGGACGAUUGCAAGUGCCCCAGGGGUCGGGAGUACGACGCUAAUUCAGGGAUAUGGGAUAUAAAGCUGUGUGUGCUCUGCGGGAGUCCGGGCGCCCACGCAGCUUGCUGUACCACGGAGUACUACGUCUGUGAUGUUUGCAGGCCCGCCGCUCCAGACCAGUCGCACUUGGCGGUCAUCGACGCCGGUAAUCUUUUACAAUUAGGCUUAUCGCUUCCAUCGCAGAAUCAAAACUCACAGCGUACUCAAUCUGGCCCAGUUAUGCCGAGUCGUAUGUCUAUCAGAAGAACUAAACGAAAACGUAAUUUGAAUGUCUCGUCGAGUGCAUCACAUAAUGUCACAGUUCGGACUGAAAUGGAAGACAAAACUGUAAAAACCAACACGGAUCUCAGCCGCCAAGAUCUGAACUUAAAAACACCAAAGCGUCCCACCUCAACAAAUCCUACUGAACCCAAACAUCCUGAAAACGAAUUACUGUCGCCGCUUAAACUGCUGAAACAGGGUUUAAAUGAGAAAAUAUCAUCGAAGGAGGUGGAAAAAUUUAUGUUUGAUACCAAAUUAUUGGACGAGAUGAGGAGAAAGUUCAAGAAACCAAAACCUCUUUGUGUUAAAAGGAAAAUUGUUGGUGACAUUCUCGAAGGACUCCUAGACUAUGUGAGCAAUAAAAAAAAUAUCAUAGAACGGAACAACUCUCCAGAAAAAGUAAAGGAAUCCAUCAAUGAUUCAACAUGCACUGAAGAUAAAGAAAAUAUAUCAGUAGCGACCGUGAAAACUUCAUUUACGAGUAAAAAUGAAAACCUCUUGACACUAAACCACACCUCCGAAACCCCAGAACAAAAUAUCCCAGAAACUUUAGAAAAUAAUACAACCACAGAACAGUUAAAUAUAUGUGAGAACGCCAUUUUGACUCCUGAAAAACCCGGAAUUAUGGAAGAUUCCUCCAGUAGCCCAUUCCAACUUCCGCCAGAAUUUAUUGCAGAUUCAAGUAGCAGCCUUCCCAUAAUUGAUACGCCGAAGAAAUUAAAAAAAAUAAACAUUCAAAACGAUUCUAUGGAAAUAUCGGAAAAUAAUCAAAUUGUCAACAUCGAUUUGAUCAAAAUUGAAACGAAUGACGCAAAAGACUUUCUUAUUCCCGAUAAGAAAUGCGCGUUCAAAUUUAGUCCACUAAAUAAAGAUAUAAAAGAGAAAAAUCUAGAUAUUGACUUGGAGAGUUUCAAAAAUCAAUAUUUAAACGAAGUAGAUAGGAAAACUAACUGUAAAUUCGAACAUAAUCAUAUAAAUCUUGAGAAUAAUUCCACAAAACUUAGAACAGCUAUAGAUUUUGCAUUGGAUGCGAUGAAAGAACCGCCAAAACGAAAACUACCAAACAGUGAUAAUGUUACAAACAGGAAGAGGAAACCUACCAAAAUGGUACGAAAAAAGAGAAAGCAAUGUAAUAAAGACCAAACUGAUGAAAAUGAAUGUUAUAAUAAGAAAGUUUGUACUGAAAAAUCUGAUAUGAAGGAUAGUACUAAUAGAAAACGGAAACAUCCUGAAGCAGACUUUAAUGUUAAACAAGAAUACACAAACAAUUCUGGCUCUACUUCUGGUGGUAAUGUUAAAAAGCGAAAAUAUAAAAAAUACAAGAAAAACCACAAUACCGAAUUGUCAAUUCGCAACAGAAAUAUAAAGCUGAAAAUAAGAUUCAAAUCCCAAGAGUUGAAUUUGAAAAUAACCAAACCCAAAAAAAGGGGCAGAAAAGUUCAAAAAGGUACUGCUAAAGUAAUGAAACAAUACGUAUUGCAGUAUGCGGUAAAUCAAAAAUCGCCGAAAGAAUGUAUCAUUCGACCCGAUGCAGAAGUUACACCGAUAAAAAAGAAAUAUUUGAAAACUGAGAAACCGUCAGACCAUUUAAAACAGACUUCUAUUGCUAGUUUUUUCAAAGUAUCACCUAAAAUGUAGUAAGAUGGGUUUGUUUUUUAUAUGUUUACAGUUUUUGGUGUCUAAUUUUUCUAUAAACAUAUGUUUAAAACAUUUUACGAUUCAUUUACUUGUAGUUUAUGUAAGAAUCACAAUAGAUUUAAUUUUUAAGUAUCUGUUAGCUGAUUAG